AUGUCAAAGAAUCAAAUAUCAAGUCAAUCUCAAAUAAAACAAAAACCAAUUCAAACAAAGAAGAGUCAAUAUAAACAAGUUGCAACUACUGUUGCUGGAGGAAAUGGAAAAGGCGAGGGAUUAAAUCAACUGUCUGAUCCUUGGGGGAUCUGUAUUGAUAAUGAUAAAUCAAUUUAUAUUGCUGAUCAGUGGAAUCAUCGUGUUGUUAAAUGGGAAUUAAAUUCAAAUACUGGUCAAAUCAUUGCAGGUGGAAAUGGAAGAGGAUAUCAAAAUAAUCAAUUGAAUUUUCCAUCAGAUGUAAUUAUUGAUAAAAAAAAUAAUUCUUUUAUUAUUUCUGAUAAUGGAAUGAGACGAAUCUUUCGAUAUUCUGAAAAAAAUCAAACAAAUCCACAAGUUAUUAUUUCAAAUAUGAUUUAUCAUAGUGUAGCAAUCGAUAAAAAUGGAUUUAUUUAUGUUCCUGAUUGUGAGAAUGCGGAAGUAAGACGAUGGAAAGAAGGAGAUAAUAAAGGUGAAUUAGUUGCAGGUGGGAAUGGUGUAGGAAAUCAUCUUAAUCAACUCUAUGAACCUACUAAUAUUUUUAUUGAUGAAGAUUUUUCUCUUUAUAUAUCAGAUUCUUUGAAUCAUCGUGUCAUGAAAUGGAAAAAAGACGCAAAAGAAGGAAUUAUUGUUGCUGGUGGAAAUGGUAAAGGAAAUAGUCUCAAACAACUGGAUCAUCCCUAUGGGGUGAUUGUUGAUCAUUCGGGUCAAAUCUAUGUGACAGAUGAAAUGAAUCAUCGAGUAAUGCGUUGGCGUGAAGGAGAGAAAGAAGGUGAAAUUGUUGUUGGUGGGCAUGGUGCAGGAAGUCAACCGAACCAAUUGAAUGAUCCUAAAGGUUUAUCAUUUGAUAAUGAAGAAAAUCUUUAUGUUGUUGAUAAUCAAAAUCAUCGAAUCCAAAAAUAUGAAAAAAUGUUAAGUUAA